AUGUCCAUAGCCGCCGCCCAACGGCCGUCGGGCCAGGGCAUCCCCGUCGGCCUCAACGAGGCGGCACUCGACUCGCCCGCCUUUCGAGCGUCGGCCGCCCACUUUGCUGACCAGAUCGACGCGCUCGAGAAAUGGCUCAACGGGUAUGCCACCUCCACUUCGAGGCUCGUUCAUGACGUCCUCGGCCUCGAGGAGUCGGUCAAUGCAUAUCUCGCCAGGUCGAUGCCCUCGGCUGUCGAGAGCCUCGUCGAAAACGACUACAGCUUCCUCGCCCUGAAGUGGGUUGCCGACGGCCAGCGAGAGUGCUGGGUGCAGAUGCUGAGCAGCAUGCGGAAGCUGGAUGGGCUCGUCGUCGAGCCGAUUCGUGCCUUUCUGGGCAACGAUUUGCGAAACUUCAAGGAGAUUCGCCGGUCGCUGGAGCAGACGCAACGGUCGUACGACUCCAUCCUUGCCCGCUACGUCGGUCAAUCGAAGACAAAGGAGCCGUCGGCGCUCCGCGAAGAUGCCUUCUCCGUCUACGAGAACCGAAAAGCCUACCUGCAAGCUUCCAUGGACUACUGCCAGCUGGCACCCCAGCUCCGCUUCACCGUCGACAAGCUGCUCGUCAAGGUCUGCAACGAACUGUGGGAAGAGAUGAAGCGCUCGCGCGACGUCUCGGCGAGCGCCACUCGAUGGUCGCGUGAGAUGGACAGGUUGCGAGGCUGGGCCAAGGAGAUGGAGCUCUCCGAGAGCGUCUUCAGAACCGAGCUGCAGCACGCACGAAGGGCCAUCGGCGAGAGCACCAUGGAAGACUUCAAGCCGUCUCGCGAAUUGGAAGACUACAGCACAUCGACGGUCCCGCUCCUAGGAUCGCGAGGGCCCAUGAGCCUACGCGCCAAGGAUGAGGCUCCUGGCAUAUCGGAAAAGCAGGGAUGGCUGUCGUUGCGCGUCGCAUCGAGCAAACCGGUUCGCUACACCUGGGUCCGCCGCUGGUACUACUGCCGCGAUGGCGUCUUCGGUUGGCUCGUCGCCGGGUCCCACGGUGUGCUGCAGGGCGACGAGAUUGGCGUGCUGCUCUGCAACGCGAGGCCGGCCGUCGGCGAGGAGAGGCGCUUCUGCCUCGAGGUCAAGACGAAGAACCAGACGAUGAUGUUGCAGGCGGAGACGCAAAAGCAGCUCGUCCAGUGGCUCGACGUUUUCGAGGUCACAAAGAAGAAGGCCUUUGAAGCCAGCAUGGAUCGCGGCUCGAGCUCGUCGUCGGGCGGCGCCGAUCCUGCCUUUUCCAUCUCGCCGCCGUGCAUGCCCGAGUUCUCUGCCAAGGCGGCCGAUAACCCGCUCGGCGCCGCCGACGAUUCCAACCCCGGCUUCGAGAGAUCGGCGACCCUCAUUGUCCCGAGCCAAGAUGGACAUCUCGCCACUAGGCACAGCCUUGAUGCCAACGGCAGUUUCGGUCGACGAUCCUUCACCGCCCUCGGCAAGGACUUGGCGAUGCGGGAAGAUGGUGAGAGCGGCCGCGAGCAUGCCGCAAGAAUUAUCCAGAGGCUGGACCUCCACCGCAGAAGCACGUUUAACGCCGGCGGCGAUGCCGGCUCCGUCGCCGCCUCCAACCCACCCGGCGGAACCAUGAAUUCGGCCUCAAGUCACAACCUGCUGCCCGUCGCUCCAAAGCUUGCUUCCAGGCUUGCGCCUCCUCUCGACAGUGCGCCUGGCUCCCUCGCUCCGCCGACAUGGGCGAAGCCGCCGACUAUGACGACCCUGAGCCGUGCUGCCGUCUUCGCUGCGGUGGAACGCCGUGGCCUCGGCAACGGUCGCAAGCUGCCAAUGUCGGUCGUGGCCAAUUUCUGGGGAAGCCAUGUCUGGUCGGCCGCCGGUGGUGCGCCUGAGCAGCCUACCUUGCCCCGUCUGGACGACAAUGAUCCGUACGGCGUCGUCGUUCAGGAAACCGCACCGACGUCCCUGACCAGGGCCGCCGAGAAGCAGGCCGACCGUGAUCCUUCCAACUACCCGAUGGAACUGCACGCUCAGAACCCCCAAUUCCGACUCUUGUUCCCGAACGCGGCGCCGGGCGAGAAGCUGGUGCUUGUGUUCAGGGCGGCCUGGUCGAGCGUCAGGGAGAGCGGGUCUCCGAGCCGGCCGCUCCAGGGCGACGGUCGCAUCUUCGUGACGGCCGACAACAUGUAUUUCUACAGCCAGCAUAUGGGGCUCGUCGUCGCCUUCAGCAUCCAUCUCGACAUCAUCACGGAGAUGACGACGGCCUCCGGGAGCGACUGCGACUUCAUAUUCUUGCACCUCGGCCGGGACACCAACGAGACGGGACACACGCGCAUCAGCAUCAAGGUCUUCCUCGACGACCUUCACCUGCUCCACACGCGCCUCAACCUCUUGGUGGACAACUUGCAAGCGGAGGAGCCCAUGGACACGGGGGACAUCGUCUCGGCCCUGCUCAACGUCGAGAGGGACGAGUACGAGAAGCACAGUCCGGGCGCCGACGGCUGGGAGGAGACGUCGCCCACCACGCCUGCGGAUGACCCGCCCAUGUGCGGGAAGCCGGUGGUGGCGCGUCAUCUGCAGCAGCAUCACGUUCAUGCUCGACCGGCCAGAUCGCCGAGGCUGCCGUUGAAGCUGCAUCUCCCGCCUCAUCCGGUCGUGUACGUGCCGGAGGGCAUGACGGAGAUGGCGGCCGACAGGCACUUUGAGAUCAGCGCCAAGGCAUGCUUCCACGUCCUCUUCGGGGACAAGAGUUUCGUCUUCCCAAAGCUAUACUUUGAGCACAGGGCGCAGCAGAUUGCCCAGGGCCCCUGGAUUCUCGUGGACGAGGGCAAGAUGCAGCGAGACUUCCAGUUCAAGGUGAACCAUGUUGACCUGUUUGGCCGUUCCAAGUCGGCGAGCAUCAAUGAUUUCCAGACGAUUGACGUCUACAACGACCAUGUCACGUACGUCGUGACGCACAUCAAAACAGCCUGGCACCUACCGCAUUCCAGCAGCUUCAAACUGGUCAUGAAGGUCGUCAUCACGCACGUUGCCAAGUCAAAGUGCAAGCUUGCCGUGUACAUCAAGAUCGACUGGUCCAAGGCGCGCGCCCUGUCGAAGAAUCUGAUUGAAAGGCAGGCGCUCCGUGAUUUGAGCAACGACGCCGAAGAGCUCGCCGAGCUGGCCACCGACCAGGUGCGAAAGCUGGGGCCGCGGAGCCGCACCAAUCGCGCGAUACAAGUCUACGGUCACGUUGGCCAGCAGACGCAGGUUGUCGUCUUCUCGCCGGCCGCGACGGGCUCGAGCCGGAAGGAUGCCACCAAGCCUCGCACGCUGACGGCCCUGCUGCUGGAGACUGUGAGGUCGUUCGCCGAGAGCGCCGUGUCUUCGCUCAUCAUGUGGUCGUUUGCCGGCCUGAGGACGAUAUUUGGCGUCAUAUCGGCGAAUCGGGUCAUACUCUUGCUGCUCGGCUUCAGCGCAUUGACGAACCUGCUGUUGAUGUCGGCCGAGUCCUCGGCGUGGUGGAAGGAAAGGAGCGCGGCAAAGUUUAUGCAUCGCGUGGGGGUGAAGCCCAACUUGGUGAUGAGCAAGGCAAUCUACUUUGCGGAUCUGGACAAGGCCACCGGCGCGGGCAGCAUCGAGCCAUCAUCGCCGGCAAACAGCUCCUGCUUUAGCACUUACAAGAACCUUAUGGGCUCCGCCGACGUGGACGCGCCCUGGGAGGACGAAGGCACGACGUUGACCUUGCCGUCCAGCCGCUCCAUGGCUCGCCGGCUGCGGCGAACACGACAGCGGUUGGGGACGUACCGCCACGAUCUGAUGGUGGCAAUGCGCGUCGUCAACAGCGUAGAGCGGGAGAUUUUGCAGUCGGAAUGGGAAAAUUGGCUCAUCAACGAGAAGUCUUUAUGCGACAGCCUAGAUUCGGCGAUGAAGAAGAGCGAGGAGGCCAAGGGCUCUCGGGAGGACUCUCGAACCCGGAAUCUGCUGAGCUCCAUGACGAGCAGCAGGAAAGGAGAGCUUUGGGAUUGGAGAGACAGACACUGCGGGAGCUGCCGAGAUGACCUCGAAAGCUUAAAGAAGUCGAGGAUGGCGAUGCCCUUGUAA